CGGUAUCAGUUACAAAACUUGACAAGCUCAGGUUUUGUAACCGACAUUCCUCUGGCCAAUAGGAGCGCGCCUUUCCUGAUCACGUGACCGUGUAUUUUUAUGUAACACGCUGGCAGUAGCACGCGCAAUUAAGGUUAUCCUUAUACACCAGUCUAGCUUUUGUAGCUUAGUGUUGGGUUAAAAAUGUGUUUUCUACGCGGAUAUUAAUUUAUUAUUUCUUUUCUUUUUUUUUUUUUUUAAUUCCGUAGAAAAAUAAAGCUGGAAAAAAAUAAUAACAAUAAGAUGUCGAUUCAAGAGCCGGACCAAAACUGUGUCUCAUCAGGGGACAGAGGGGGUUUCUUCAUCCCGUCCGACACCGAGCAGGACUGGGCCGGGGAAGAAGACGGAGACCGGGUCGGGGUUCAGCAGAAACGCCUCAGAGGAGCGCUGGAUGCGUUAUUCAGAGCCGUGACGAGCGAGUCCGAGUCCGUGCGACCCGAACACAUCAGCACUUUAGUAGAAAUCAUCGUGCGGAACUUUAAGAAGAAGGAAACCUCUGUUUUAUGGGCGCAGAGCGCUCAGGACGGAGAACUGGACGGGGAACUGGACUGUCCCGGCUGUAACCGGUUUAUAUCGGAACCGGUUACCGUCGCGUGCGGACAUUCCUACUGCAGGAGCUGCUUACAGGAAGCAUUCCUGUCUAAAUGUAGAAAAUGCCAUGAGGAGAUCGGGGCGAAACAUCUGCUCUGUGCUAAUGUGCUCCUGUGUGGACUUUUAGAGAAAUGGUUUCCGGAGGAAAUACAGAAAACCAAGCGGAUAGCAGAAGUGAAAGGGCUGCUGAGGAGCAAACAGUUCACCCAGGUGCUUUCAUUAGCAACACAGCUGUUAGAAUCCGACCCCAGUAAUAUCAGACUGCGAGUGUGUCGAGCCGAAGCGUAUCGGCGUUUGCAGCACUAUCGUCACGCUCUAGAAGACUUCGAUGUGUGUGAGAGCAUUGCUCCGUCUGUCGAGGUGGUGUUCUGUAAGGCUAAGCUGUUAAAGGAAAUGGGUCGAGUGGACGAGUCUGUAAAACUCUUCCUGCAGUGUCUCUGUGUGGAUCAGGACUUCCAGGAGGCCAGACAGGAAGUGGAAAAUAUCCUGUGUGAUCUCCUGGUUGCGACAUGUGAGGGCGUACAGACGCUCGAGGAGAGUUCGGAGCCCUCGGGUCUAAUCCGAGCUCAGUCUCUACGGGCUCACGUAGUGGGCGGAGCCCGAGGAGACGGGCUGAAGCGGGUUAGCUCUGCCCCUCAGCUGGGAGAAAAGGGCGCACUGCUGAAGAGGAAGCUGUCCGGGUUGGAGGCGGGGCCUGAAGUGGUGGAAACCGGCGACACCAAACACAAAAAGCAUGGAGUGAGCGCCACAGCGUCUGUGUGUAGCGAUGAAGAUAAACUCCACCUCAGUGUACCGAGAGAUCUGCUGGACCCCGGCGACUUCGAGUGCUCGCUGUGCAUGAGACUGUUCUAUGAGCCGGUGACGACGCCGUGUGGACACACGUUCUGUAAGAGCUGCCUGCAGAGGAGUUUAGAUCACAGCCCUCAGUGUCCUCUGUGUAAAGAGAGCCUGAGACUGUACCUGGCCUCUCGGAGGUUCUACAUCACGCGUGUGCUUGAUGACAUCAUCAGGCGUUACCUGUCUGAGGAGCAUGCUGGGAGACAAAAGAUACACAACGAUGAAACGAAAGAGCUGUCGGAUUUAGAGAAUAACCUUCCUAUCUUCGUGUGUACGAUGGCGUAUCCCACCGUCCCCUGCCCCCUGCACGUGUUCGAGCCUCGGUACCGCCUCAUGAUCCGCCGCUGCAUGGAGACGGGAACGCGACAGUUCGGCAUGUGCAUCAGCGACACACACAAAGGGUUCGCGGAUUUCGGCUGCAUGCUUCACAUACGUAACGUGCACUUUCUGCCGGACGGACGCUCGGUGGUCGACACAUUUGGAGGGAAACGGUUCCGUGUCAUCACACGCAGCAUGAGGGACGGGUACUACAUCGCUAACAUCGAGUACCUGCAGGACCAGAGAGUGGAGGGGACGGAGGAGCUGCAGCUGCAGGAUCUGUAUGAUCAGGUGUAUAAUCAGGCAAGUGUGUGGUUUCACGCUCUGGAGAACCGAUUCAGGAACCAAAUACUGCAGCACUUUGGACCCAUGCCUGAGAAAGAGAAUGAUAUACAGUCCAGUCCUAAUGGUCCGGCAUGUUGUUGGUGGUUACUGGCGGUUCUCCCAGUGGAUCCUCGUUAUCAGCUCUCGGUUCUCUCCAUGACGACGCUCAGAGAACGUCUGGUUAAGAUCCAGCACAUCCUCGCGUACUUGCAGAACACACACGCAGAGUAGAACACACUUCCUCACGCCCUUAUGCAGUAGUAUUAUUGUGCCGUCCUACAUUAGCAAAGAGACAGUCCUGAUACACACACACACACACACACACACACACACACACACACACACCCACACACCCCGUGUGUUCUGAAUGAAACAAAUCCCAAAUGCUGAUAUUAGUGAUGUAUUUUUUUUGUCAUAUUUGUAAUAAAAACAAAACUGAAUUUACACUUAAAUCUUAAAACUCAGAGAAAUCAAAUUAAGACUGAAUCAGAUGAAGAUCAGAUGGAGAUCAGAUGGAGAUGUACAGAAAUGCGUUAGAGCCUGACCAUGUUCAUAAUCCACUGAUGUGAUUUCUAAGGAGCAUACUGCUGUAGAAUUAUUGGCACCCUCGGUGAGAUUAUGAAACAAUUAGAUCUUAUCAAGAGAAACAUUUAUAAAAUGUAGCUGAAGCACGUUUGACUUUUUAUAACAUUUUAUUUUAUAGAGACCCUGCACCUGAGUGUUCAGGAACUCUCACCCAUGACUUCCUGUUACACCCGGGUGUAAACAUGAGGUCUCUCUCUCACACACACACACACACACACACACACACACACGCACACGCACGUUCAUUAACAUGAGGAAAGUGCCAGUCAUUCUGGAGCGGAGUUGAUCUUACUAAAGCAGGCAGUACAGACCUUAGCACACAGCUUGUGGUGUAAGAUGUGUUCACAUGCAUCACUUCCUGUGAUUAGCGCCCUCUACAGUAUGAAUGCAGAGUAUUUAAAUAGACUUGAAUGGCGUUUAAUCAGCGUGAUUUUGGCCGCUGCAUGUUAUUAAUAUUAAUACUGAAACAUUCAAAAAGGCCGAUGUAAUCUGCUGAGAUCUCAGUCAGGUUCUGAUCAUGGAGUCGUUAUCACACGCUUAUGGACAAAAAUACAGAUUCAUUCCACAGAAGCAACACGGAGCGGACAAAAAUGUGAUUUAAAACAUUAUCAUGACCCGGGUUCAUCAGGAGGGAUCAUAAAAAAAACUUCAAAGGGAAGAUAUAUAUAUAUGACACAACUUAAGCCUUAAUUUUAUAAGAAAAAUGACAUCACAUUAACGCACAGUAAAUAAUUUUUACUCUCCAAUUAAACAUUAUGUACAAACUGCCUUAUUAUAUCUGCAGAUGGUUCCUGAUGGAUUUGAAAGAUCCAGUGAGUAGAAAUUCAGAUCUGGGAAUUAGUGUAAUAAUAAUAAUAAUAAUAAUAAUAAUAAUAAUAAUAACAGGUUGAAUAAUAUUGUGAAGAAUAAUGCUCGCUGAAAGUAACAGAAAUAAUCAAGCCUCAUGUACUUAAAUUUAAAGUCAAUAAUUUGUAAAGUUUGUUCAUAAAUUCCAAAAGCACAAGUGUGUGUUCCACUGAGCCCACACUUCAGGCUCUCCAGGAUUUUGCGAGCGCAGAAUUUAACGCAAAAUCAAGGAAACGCCACGAUAUUCGGAGGAGCGUGUGAUUUUUCUAAGUUUCCGCAGGUUUUCUGGAGAUUCGGGCCGAGACGCGUCAUGUGAUGUCAUCACGACGCGCAUUCAGCCGACGCCCUCUUCCAUUCACGUGCGUCGAUCAUGAGUACAGUUAAAUCUCUCAUUUACCAACAAACAUCACUACGAAACACUUUAGAAUUUGUAAUUGUGAUUUCACUGAUUCGAGUACUUUUGCGGCAAAAAAAAAAAAAAAAGCACAAAAUUCCGUAAGUCGCAUCACAAAUUUUGAAAAAGAAGCCGCCGUAAAAUCGAGCGUUUUUGGCCGCAACGGUCACAAAAAAACUCUGCGACAUCCUGUACGGACUGACGACAUAAUCGCAGUCCCAUUCAUCUACAGGACUGAUUUAUUUAUUUAUUUUCAGAAAAAAGCACUUGAUGAUGAUGAUGAUUAUUAUUACAGUUAUCUGAUAAAGGAAUUGUGCAGCUGUAGAUGAGGCAGAAAAAACCCCUCCAUUCUUUGUUGUUUUUGCGAUUUGAAGUUAAAGCUGUGACUCCUGAAAGAGAAACGUUCUGAUCUGUAAUCAGCGUGUUCGUAUUAAUCCAGUGUUCCUUCCAUUGUUUUCAUGUUUGUGCUCUAAUCGCUUUGGCACGUAUGAAAUUGCACUACUGUGAGCUCGGCAUGCGCUGAUCAUCAGCUACACAGCACGACAAAUCAUCGACAGACAACAGCCACGUAAACGUUUAACACGCCAUGCACCGAAAUGAACCAAGCUGGACCAAAAAACAGACCGAGUAGAAGGUUUCUCCACGCGUUUCACGUUUCUCCACGCUUUACACGUUUCUUUACAGACCGAGGAGAAGGUGUCUCCACGCGUUACACGUUUCUUCACGCUUUACACGUUUCUUUACAGACCGAGGAGAAGGUUUCUCCACGCUUUAUACAGCUGGUGUAAAAGUUAUUCAGAAACAGUUCAGUAGUUGUUUUUUUUCCCCCCAGAACUAAACAUGAAGUAAAAAAAAAAGCACAGUGGCUUUCCAGAACUUUCUGGUUACAGUAUAUAUAUCAUCAUAGUAUUUUCUUAACGUCAUUUUGAAGUGAUUUGUUCAGUUUAUAUUUACAGUUGGGGAUUUAAAAUUUCUAAAGGAAUUAUUUUUAAUAUAAUAAGUAAGUAUUUAUAUGAGUGAGAGAUCUAACGCGCCAGUGUCGGUCUCUCUACCGAAUGCUUGCUUUCUUUCUUUCUUUUCUUUGAUCCUGGUGGGAUUUCGGUGCAUCGCUGGUAUAAAACAUGACAUGAGAUUAUAGUUUUAUAAAAUGAAACUAAAAGCUGGUCCUGUGACGAGGAUAUGCGAGUUAGUUGUGUAUCAGCACAUGCCUGCUCAGAACACGGACUUCCAAAUGUAUUCAUUUUUAUAUUAUUACGAUUGUUAUGGUUUGUUAUUAUUAAUAAAGGGAGCUUUAGAGAGCUCGAGUGUCGUGUGGAGAGAGAGAACCUCCACCAGAAAUGAACGAUGAUGAGCUAGGGUUAGUUUUGUCAGGGUUUGAGUUUGUGUUCAUGUUGUUGUGAGCGUUAGUGUGUUGUGUAUCGUGGCGAUUAGAGCAGAAGAGUGGAUUGUUGUGUAAAGAUUUUGCGUAUUUUCCACACCGUGCGAUCGCACUACCACUUUCUGCCUUAUUAAAAUCUUUUAUUAUUUUAUUCCCUGCCUGACAGUUUGGUUUUAAUCGCUCUUCUUCUUCUUCUUCCUGUGUGUACAGUUUAACAGAUCGGUGAAAAUCAUUUGAUUUUUUAAAAAAAAUUAUUCUUUUUUUUCUUUCUUUUUUUUUUUUUUUUUUUUUUUUUUUUUUUUUUUACAGAAUUGUGCUUUUUUUUUUUUUGGCUUGGAUAUUUAUGUUAAUUUUAAUUUAAAAUAAAGCUAAAAAUUAUGCUUAAUCUCACUGUCACUGAUCUCUUCCACCAGGUGGCGCUACACACACACACACACACACACACACACACACUUCACAAAUAAUAUCUGAAGGAAAAGCAGUGUAAUGAUGUAGAACUUUCAGACAUUUCAACGUACAUUAUACAUUUAAAUUAUUCAUAUUGUUUAAUAAUAAAAAAGUUUUUAAUUAAAAACCCCACUGCUUCAUCAUAGUGAAUUAAAAAAAAAUCUGAACGUUUAAAUUGAAUCUUCAUUUAAAAAGCCAGAUUUAUAGUGUGAGUGUGUGUGAAUGUGAGUGAGUGCGUGUGUGUGUGAGAGUGUGUGUGUGUGAGUGGCGCAUUGGUUUGAUAUUAAUAUUCAGUUUCAGAAUAAUUUGAUAUUUAUUGAAUAUAUUUCAUGCUUUUCUUCCUACACUAUAUGCAGCACAUCUUUAAUGUUUAAUUGCUGAAUAAAAUAUUUAAUAAUGAGGUGAGUUUAAAGCCGAAACGUUUCACUGGACCUCCAGAAGGACGUCACCGAGCCGACAGCAUCAUCACGAACUCUGAAAGACAAAGAACACACACAUUAUUAUCCCUGAUUAUUAUUAUUAUUAUUAUUAUUAUUAUUAUUAACGUUAUAAUUAACAUUAACACACUAUAAACCUCAGCACUGAUGACGCAGAGGAACAGCGGAGAUAACACGUUACGGUUUCUAUAGUAACAGCUCGUUCACGGGGGCAUUUACAGCCGACGCUCCAUAUAAACAGAUUUAAAAACUGUUGAGGUGGAGAAGUUUUGUGUAAAUGUAUGAUUUAUGGAAGGAGUCUCCAGUGUCAGCAACGUCGGGAGAGAGUGGGGACAUGCUGGAACAGGAAAAUAAUCAUCUUCAGGGAGGUAACAGUAACUUCAUCACUCGGUAAGUGACAGGAACAGCACCGCUAUUACGUUUACAUUUACAUUUAUUCAUUUAGCAGAUGCUUUCAUCCAAAGCGACUUACUAAUGAGAAAUUUGGUAUUGUUUAAUUCAUUUGCAGAACAUUAAAUAAAACAAAAUGAAAUAAUAAUCCAAUGGUGUAACGCUGGCUGUAUACGUGUGUAACUAUGUAUGCUAUCUGUACAUGUGUGUAAGCUGUAUACGUGUGUAAUGCUAGCUGUAUA